CGGCGGCCGCCGGCUGUGCAGCUCCGCGGAGGUGCCGGGGCAGGGCGGAGGGGACGGCAGCCCGCGGCGGGGCGGGCACGCUGCGUUGUGCUGAGCUGAGCUGAGCUGCUCGCCUCUGCUCUCGGCUGCCCCGGGGUGCGGGCGAGCCCGGCCGCCAUGUGGCUCGCCCCCCUUCUCCUCGGCGCCUUUCUGCUCUCCGGCCCCGUGCGCGGGAGCGACGGCUCGGCUUCCACUGCUAUCACGUGCUUUACAAGAGGACUUGACCUUAGAAAGGAGACAGAAGAUGUCCUUUGCCCAGCAAACUGUCCUCUAUGGCAAUUUUAUGUCUUUGGAGAUGGAGUUUAUGCCUCUCUUUCCAGUGUCUGUGGAGCUGCCAUACACAGCGGGGUGAUCACCAAUGCAGGAGGAGCUGUAAGGGUACAGACUCUCCCAGGACAGGAAAACUACCCUGCUGUAAAUGCCAACGGGAUCCAGUCUCAGGUGCUCGCCAGAUGGGCUUCGUCUUUCUCAGUGACUCGUACCAAGAACACAGCACUUGAAGCAGUUGGGCGAUCAGUAUCAACAGCACGUCCUUCUACAGGUAAAAGACCUAAGAAGCCACUUGAUAAAAAGGCUGGAAACAAAGACUGUAAAGCUGAUAUUGCGUUUCUUAUUGAUGGAAGUUACAACAUCGGCCAACGUAGAUUUAAUUUGCAGAAAAAUUUUGUUGGAAAAGUAGCUGUGAUGUUGGGAAUUGGAACAGAAGGGCCUCACGUUGGAGUUGUACAAGCCAGUGAACAUCCAAAAAUUGAAUUCUAUCUGAAAAACUUCACUGCCGCAAAGGAAGUUUUGUUUGCCAUAAAGGAACUAGGGUUCAGAGGAGGCAAUUCUAAUACAGGGAAAGCUUUGAAGCACACAGCUCAGAAAUUCUUCUCUUUAGAAAAUGGAGCACGCAAAGGAAUUCCCAAGAUCAUUGUAGUGUUCCUAGAUGGGUGGCCCUCAGAUGAUAUAGAAGAAGCCGGCAUAGUGGCCAGAGAAUUUGGAGUCAAUGUAUUCAUUGUAUCUGUAGCGAAACCCACAACAGAGGAGCUGGGAAUGGUACAAGACGUUGGUUUUGUUGACAAAGCUGUCUGUCGAAACAACGGCUUCUUCUCUUACCAGAUGCCCACCUGGUUUGGUACUACCAAAUACGUAAAACCUCUUGUCCAAAAAUUGUGUUCACAUGAGCAGAUGUUGUGUAGCAAGACCUGCUACAACUCUGUCAACAUAGGUUUCUUGAUAGAUGGUUCCAGCAGCGUUGGAGACAGCAACUUCCGACUUGUACUUGAAUUCAUCAGCAACGUCGCAAAGGCUUUUGAGAUCUCUGACAUUGGUUCCAAGAUUGCAGCUGUGCAGUUCACAUACGAUCAGCGUACCGAGUUCAGCUUCACAGACUACACCACUAAAGAAAAGGUCCUCUCGGCUAUCCGGAACAUUCGCUACAUGAGCGGUGGCACUGCCACUGGUGAUGCCAUUUCUUUCACAACCAGAAAUGUGUUUGGGCCAAUGAAAGAUGGACCUAACAAAAAUUUCCUCGUUGUUUUGACUGAUGGUCAGUCUUACGAUGAUGUUAGAGGACCUGCUGCUGCUGCACAAAAAGCAGGAAUAACUGUCUUCUCUGUUGGUGUUGCCUGGGCACCUCUGGAUGAUCUGAAAGACAUGGCUUCUGAACCAAGAGAAUCCCAUACUUUCUUCACUAGAGAGUUCACAGGAUUAGAGCAGAUGGUUCCUGAUAUUAUUAGAGGCAUCUGUAAAGAUUUUUUGGACUCUAAACAGUAAAGCAAAAAUCUGCUGUUGGAUAUUACUACUUUGAAACUAAAAAUCAUGAAACUGAAACAGUCCCUCUAAAGUACAGAUGUUCUAUUCUUAUAUAUACUAUCAUAACAGAAGGGAAGAAGGGCUACUUUGUGUUUCUGUAGUCAGUCAAGGAUUCAUGUGAGCUUUUUAGAAGUUGUACUUAAUACUGGAGUGCAGAAUUUGGCCAACAGCUAUUAUUUUCAAUACAUGUAUAGUAUCCCCAAGUUUAAAGCUAUGCAUAUCGUGCAGUUAAGGCUAUCAGAUAUCAGCAGAGGAAACAGUACAGCUCUGACAUUUUUGCUGUCACUUGUUAGAUGUCUUCUUAUGAGUUAAACAACAUAAUUCUAAAUACACGGUACUAUCAUCUUCUUCUAUAAGCCUUCUGUAGCUUAUGAUUCUGUAUCUUUUCAAGGAGUUCUGCUGAUAGCAUGAAGUACUUUCAGUGUUACAGUUGCACAACGUCCAUUAUUGCCAGGCAGUUUAAGAAAAGAUACAACAGAUUGUAGCUAAUCAGUCUAUUUUUACUAGUUGAGGUUUUGCUAUUGUGAAUGAUACUGCCAUCUGGUUGGCAAAGUUUACAUCAAAAGACAUUUAACUUCUACCCACAGGUUUCUGUGGAUCUAUGUUGUUCAGUUCUUUUGGCACAGAUUUUGAAAGGUAUUUAAGGCACAGUAGUUCUUUUUGAGGAUCUGGAUCUUAACAUAUUAGCUGAUACUACUGCUUCCUACACCACUGAAGUCAACAGUGAUAUUCCUAAUAUAUCUAAUUAAUAACCACAUUUUUUCCUGUC